AGCUUCUCUUCUUUAACCCACAACACCAUCCUCGACACCAGACUCUGCACGCCCCCUUUUCCUCUCGUCGCAUCUCUCUCCCUCUCCAUCAAUCCACCCGCCCGUUUGCUCAAUUGCUCGCCACUUCUUCUCUUCUCCUCCUCUUUGUGCUUUGCUUUGCUUCCCCCUCUGCCUUGGCCCAGCAGCGAGCGGGCUACCUCGGCUUUCGUCAGCUCCCGCGUGCGUCAUAAGCAGCUUCAGGAACGAGCGCACAGAACGCGGAGACAAACAAGAGCAUUUCGCACUGUGGCCAGCAACAGCACAUGGCUUGAUAGAGCCGCUUACUCUCCAAGGGCUUGCCAUUAUCCAUUAGAGGCCUGAGGGCCGCGAAGCAGUCACACGAUGUCUUGGAAAAAGUCCGAGAAGCUGAUGGACACCAUCAAGCAUUACUCGGGCUUCCCAGCGACGGGCGUGAGCUUGAGGCAGAUGGUACAGUUUGGGGAGAGGCCAUCUACAGGAACACUAUUUCGGGCGUCGCAGUUCCUCUCUGAAGAACUUCCCAUCCGGCUCGCGCACCGGGUACAGGAACUUCAGGAGCUUCCAGAUGGGUUGAAUGAGAUGCCAUCUAUAAAGAGGGUACAGGACUGGUAUGCGCAGUCAUUUGAGGAGAUAACCACUCUUCCAAAACCACGAUUAUCGAAGGAGGUUCGAGACAAACUCAUGAAGCCCGUGAAUAGCAACGGGAAGCAAUCAAGGAUCCUUACGGAGGCGACACACAACCCCAGCGUAAGGGAGGGUCAAUAUAGCUCAUCCCCUUGGCAGACACACGGAAGUGGAAACGACUCCAAGAAAGCCCCCACGCGAAGAUACUUUGCAACGGUGGAGGAUAGUACGGACUGGCCUCCGGAGCUUCAUGAUUACAACCAGCGAUUCGCAUCAACGUUGAACCAGAUCAAACGACGGCAUGACGGCGUCGUGACCACCGUAGCGCAGGGCAUCCUAGAAUACAAGCGCCGACGGCAACGCAUGCAGAUCGAUAACAACAUCCAAUCCUUCCUCGACCGAUUCUACAUGUCGCGUAUCGGGAUCCGGAUGCUGAUCGGGCAACAUAUUGCCCUGACGGACCAGAGCCGCAACAAAGAUCCCACAUAUGUCGGGAUCAUCUGCACGAAGACCAACGUCCGCGAUCUGGCUGAAGAAGCCAUCGAGAACGCUCGAUUCGUGUGCGAGGACCACUACGGGUUAUUCGACGCCCCGAAGGUCCAGCUCGUCUGCCCGCCGAACCUGAAUUUCAUGUACGUCCCCGGACAUCUGUCGCACAUGCUCUUCGAAACCCUGAAGAACUCCCUCCGCGCUGUGGUCGAGACACACGGCCAGGACAAGGAGGACUUCCCGGUGACGAAGGUGGUUGUUGCAGAAGGGAAAGAAGAUAUCACCAUCAAAAUCUCAGAUGAGGGAGGGGGCAUCCCGCGGAGUGCUAUCCCUCUCGUAUGGACAUACAUGUACACGACGGUGGAUGCGACGCCCAGCUUGGAUCCUGAUUUCGACAAGAGCGAUUUUAAAGCGCCCAUGGCAGGAUUCGGAUACGGUCUACCGAUAUCCCGAUUAUACGCGCGGUAUUUCGGAGGGGAUCUCAAGCUGAUCAGUAUGGAAGGCUACGGAACAGACGUAUACCUCCAUCUCAACCGGCUGUCCAGCUCGUCGGAACCUCUGCAAUAACAAUCAGCAGUCAUGAGGACCGGCUCGGGUUUCUCUGCCCCGGCGGCCCAAGGAUUGACGAUGAUGAGGGUGAAGCAGAUGAAUCUCAAACUCAAGAACCGGGAGGUCACGGAG